GUAUAAUGCGUGCUACAUGGAUUAUCCUAUGUGCAGUUAUGGUGGAUGCGACAGUACAGCUGGGUCUUAACAGGAGGAAAUUGGAUUUUGAGAAUCAGGAAGAAUCACUUCAGCAAAAGAUGCUGAUUAAUGAGACGAAUGAACUAUUUCAAAGGGAGAAAUACGUACAACUUCCUUCAAAACCGGAUGUAAAUAAGGAAUAUGUCGACGUUUGUAGUGGAUGUACUGCAGCUGUGUUUUCCUUGAAAAUGAUUCUACAUCUUGAAACGGUGGUGUAUUAUGUCAAUGUAAUAAUUGAUCAGUUGUGUGUAUUUGUUGGACCCUAUUCAUCUGAAUGUACAUUUGUUGCUCAACACUAUGCUAGUAUGUUGAUAGAUUUGCUUGAAAAUUCGACAGCUCCUCGAAUUUGUCA